AUGACGCCAAUGUUCUCUUCAUCUCCACACCACAAUCUGAGAGCACUCCUACUGAUCCUGCCCAAACACAAGACAAACCACAAAACCGCAAGCACACAAGGACAAUCACCUCCUAACAGAUGCACCAAGUGCGGAAAACUCCCCACCACAUACAGCUAUAGCCAGCUUAAAGGCAGAAUUUACUACCCCAACUCAGUUCACACUUUGAGAUAUUUUUACACUUCAUCAUUUCAAGUUCCAAACUUCUCAAAGUAUGUUUCUGUUGGAUAUGUGAACGACCUUCAGAUCAUUCAUUACGACAGUGACACAAAGAAAUUGGUCCCCAAACAAGAGUGGAUGAACAAACUCACAGAGGAGGACCCUAGGUACUGGGAAAGAAACACUCAGAGAUGUUUGGAGAAUGAGCAGGCGGGAAAAGGAAACAUAGAAACUGUGAAACGCCGCCUUAAUGUGACCGGAGGUUUGUGUCGUCUGCAGAAGCUCUAUGGCAGUGAAUGGGACAAUGAGACUAGUGAAAUCAGAGGAUAUGAGCAACACUCUUUUGAUGGAGAAGAUUUUAUUUCAUUGGAUUUUGACCCUGAAACUUUUGUCGCUCCAAAACAACAGGCUUUUAUCACCAAACUGAUAUGGGAGAGGGAUGGAGAGGCUGUCAAAGUGAAACACUACAUCAUCCAUGAAUGUGCUGAGUAUCUGAAGAAAUAUGUGCGCCACGGAGAGAGCGCUCUGAACAGGAUAGAGCUCCCCCUGGUGUCCCUGCUGCAGAAGUCCUCCUCAGCCCCAGUCACGUGUCACGCCACAGGCUUCUACCUCGACAGAGCCAUGCUGUUCUGGACCAAAGACGGAGAUGAGCUGCUGGAGGACGUGGAACUUGGAGAGAUCCUGCCCAACAGAGAUGGGACCUUCCAGACUAGUGUGUCCCUGGACCUGUCCUUUGUCCCCCCUGAGGACUGGGACAGGUACCACUGUGCAUUCCAGUUGUCCGGGGACAAAAAUAAGUAUCUGACCAGACUGGACCGUUGCAUGAUCAGGAACAAUGAAGAACUGCACAGCUCUCAUCUCUCCUGUGUCGGCUGCUCUCGCUGUUGUUCUCACUGCUGCUGUCCUUGCUGUGGUCACCUUCAUCUUCCAAACAGCCCACGCCUCAUAACUCCAAGUGAGCCAGAAGUGCAGGAGUUGAACCCUCAGCCACCGGUGAGCUCAUACUCGCCCAAUCCAACCGUGUCCAAUCAGAAGCCCCUAAGCCAGACAGGGUCAGACCCAAACGCCAGAUCGAUGCAUGAGGAGUCAGCGGAAGACUGUUUAUGUGACAAUAUCAGAAACAGGUACGACGUGCUGUUCAAGGCGGUGGGGUCGUACGUGGAGAGGCGUUGGGAACCUUAUGGUUCUUGUUUGGAGCAGGCCCGAGCACUGCUGGAGCUGGCUAAAGCAGACAAGCCGCUGAUGCGUGUGACUGGGACUGGCCCCUCUCCUCCUCUGGACUACAGCGGGCGUCAUGUCUCUGCUCUCCGAGACUUCCACAGCAGCUCCAGGGCCCAGGAGCUAAGUGCGGCCCCAUUGCAGAGCCUCUGUCGGGGGGUGACCCGCAGAGCACUGAGACCCUCUCCUCUGGAGCCUAAGGUCUGGACACUGGACUUACCCCUCGCCCUCAAGGACUACCUCCUGCUGAGCGAGCUGUGGCCCAUCCUAACUGUGCACUAA